GAUUGAUGAUUGAUUGAUUGAUUGAUUUCAUCCUUGCUGUGGAACACUGGAUCAGCUCUAUACACUUAGGAGAAUCCUGGAGGGUGUGUGGGAGUUCGUCCAACCAAUCCACAUGUUUUUUGUGGAUUUGGGGAAGGCGCUCAACCACAUCACCUAGGGAGUACUCUGAGAGUAUGGGGUACCAGGCCCUCUAAUAUGGCAGUUAGGUCCCUGUAUGACUGGCGUCUGAGUUUGGUUCGCAUUGCCGGCAGUAAGUCAAGCUCAUUCCAGUGAGAGUUGGACUUCACCAAGGCUGCCCUUUAAUAAUAAUAAUAGUAAUAAUAAUAAUAAUAAUAAUAAUAAUAAUAAUAAUAAUAAUAAUACAUCAAACUUGUAUAGCGCUUUUUAGGUCACUCAAAGACGCUUCACAGAAAUGCAAUAAACACGUAAUAAAACAAAGUUAAACAUAGUAAACAGACUAGGGGAUGCUGGGUUGAUCGCAAGGGAAGGCCAAUUUAAAGAAGUGUGUUUUAAGCAGUGACUUGAAAGUAGAAAGAGAGACGGCAUUCCUGAUGAUCAGUGGGAGAGAGUUCCAAAGUGUGGGGGCAGCUGCUGCAAAGGCUCGAUCCCCCAUGGCGUGUUGUUUUGUUUAAAAAGGGGAAAGGAGGUUGGAGUCAGCAGAAAGGAGGUGCUGGGAAGGAGAAUGGUAAUGGAGAAGUUCUGUCAGAUAUGAUGGUGCAAGGUUAUUGAGGCAUUUGUAAGUGAUGGGGAGCAAUUUGUAAUGGAUCUGGUAUGGAACUGGGAGCCAGUGAAGUUGUUUGAGCACUGGGGUUAUGUGGUCCCUGGAGUGAGUGUGGGUGAAUAAACGUGCUUCUGAGUUUUGGAUGUAUUGAAGUUUUUGUAGGGCUGAGGAUGGAAGUCCGUAAAGAAUGCUGUUGCAAUAAUCCAGUCUAGAGGUUAUGAAGGCAAAUAUGAGUGUUUGGGCAGUGGAGUCAGUGAGGGAUGGAUGGAGAUGGGCAAUGUUGUGAAGGUGGAAGAACAAUACCCUGGUGAUGUUGUUGAUGUGGGAGUUGAAGGAAAGGGAAGAGUCAAAGAUAACACAGAGAUUAUGAACUGUAGAGGAGGGAGUCACUGUGAGACCAUCAACUUGUAAAGAAAUAUUUUGAACUGAGGGUAGGAGAUAUUUGGGACCAGUUAUACUGAGUUCUGUUUUGGAGCAGUUCAAUGUGAGGAGGUUGGUGUCCAUCUAAUGUUUUAUGUCAGAGUCCAGUCAGUGUCCAACCAAUGUUUUAUGUCUGAGAGGCAUCCUGAGAUCGUGGAAAGAAUGGCUGGGGUGAUUGAUUUGCUAGGGAUGUAGAGUUGUGUGUCAUCAGCGUAGCAAUGAAAAUGGAGACCGUGUUGGCAUAUGAUAUGACCAAGGGGGAGCAUGUAAAGGAUGAAAAGUAAUGGCCCCAGCACAGAGCCCUGGGGAACACCAUGGGUGACAGGGGCAACAGAUUCCAAAUGCAAAUAGCACACUUGAAAUGAACUCUGGACCUUUAAUGUGCCUUUGUAAUUGGGAUAAUGAGGGAAUAACACACACCUGGCCAUGGAGCAGCUGAGAAGCCAAUUGUCCCAUUACUUUUGGUCCCUUAACAAGUGGGAGGCACAUAUGCAAACUGUUGUAAUUCAUACACCGUUCACCUGAUCUGGAUGUAAAUACCCUCAAAUAAAAUCUGACAGUCUGCAGUUAAAGCACAUCUUGUUCAUUUCAUUUGAUAUUCAUUGUGGUGGUGUAUAGAGCCAAAAAUGUUAGCAUUGUGUCGAUGUCCCAAUAUUUAUGACCUGACUGUAGUUGGGGGUGAGAGAAGAUGGAGAUGAAGGAACAGUGGAGAGGAGUUGAGGAUUUCUGGUCAGUUAUAGUUGGGGUGUUGUAUGUCCAGAUGCUUUGGUUCUAAAGCAGUAAGAACUUUAAUCCUUUGACCUUCAGCGGUGGAAGUUUACAGUUGCUGUGGUGAUGACACAUGUCAUACAUAAAUAUAAUAAAAGAGUAAAAAAUAACAGAUUUGCAUGAAUCAUGGUCAUAUGUAAAAGAUUGGCAGGUUUUAUUAGUGCAGCAAUCUGGUCAGAAUGUGGGUCCAUUUGGAUGAUGAGCUAAAAAUGGCUCAUCUGAAUGAACUCAUGUCCAGUUCUGCUCUAAGCACUGGUAUUUUAUAAACCUUUACAUUCAAUUCAAUUCAGUUUAUUUAUAAAGCGCCAAACCACAACAAGAUUUGUCUCAAAGCACUUCACACAGUAAACAUUCCAAUACAGUUCAGUUCUUUAAGCCAAUCAGUAAAAAGUUUCCUAUAUAAGGAACCCAGCAGGUUGCUUCAAGUUACAGACGAGUGUCAGUAGUAGCUACAUUUAUAUGGGCACAAGUAAUCAGAAUAAACGCCCUAUCAGAUCAACAUGUCUUCAUGUAAACAUGUCAAUCGGCAUAUUCUGAUCCAAUACGACCCGAUCGGAAUGAAAUUCCAUUCCACUUGAGAGAGGCGGUUUUGUCCGAUCAACAUUCUGAUUGAUGUCCAUGUACACACUCAGUUCGUAUUGUUGGAGUAAAAUAAUGCCCACUGUGCAUGUGUACAACUUCAGUGUUACGUCUUUUUGCCUUUGCAGACGCUCAAGACAAGUCCGAGGAGCUGAAAGACGGUGUGAGCAGGUGAUCAUUAGCAUGUUAUUCUGCUCUCUUCUCCUGUGGUGGAGGAGCAGUAGCAUUACGUACCGUUGAGCUUUUAGCUUAGUUAAAGCAAUCAGUAAAAACAAAAGCAUACAGGUAGAAAUGCAAAGAAGGUCCAUAUCGGGGAAAAAAACAUAAGUCAAGUCUUUUUCAAAAUCAAGUCCUGUCUUUCAUGUGAAGCUAAAAAGCAACUUGUUACAGCUACCUUUUUGCCAUUGCUGGAUUAUGGUGAUGUCAUUUACAUGCAUGCCUCCACACAGUGUCUGCAUGCUCUGGAUACAGUAUACCAUGGAGCUUUGAGGUUCAUUACAAAUCUUUAAAUGGUGACUCAUCAUUGUACAUUGUACUCUUGUGUUAGAAGGUCUGCUGAAUAUCGUUGUAGAUUGAAACAGUGGUAUGCUUUAAUCUAUAAGACUGUCCUUGGUUUCCUUCCACUAUACUUGCAGAACUACAUUUCUCAAAAGACUACUGGAGGCUAUUGUAUGAGUUCCCAUGACUUGCUCCUUUUAAAAGUGCCAUGGGUCCACACUGAAUUGGGAAAAAAGCAUUUAGAUAUUCUGCUUCUUAUUCAUGGAAUCAGCUCCAAAACCAGCUGAAUUUAAAAGAACUGGUCUCAGUGAAUGAGUUUAAACAAGUUUUAAAUGUUUUAGAUCGAGACACCAGGAUGUAAAUGCCAUCAUUUAUGAUUCCUGUUAUUGACUCUGCAGGUUGUUUUACUGAUUAUCUUCUUGGUUUUGGAUUUAUGACACACACACACACGCACACACACACACACACACGCACGCACGCACGCACACACACACACACACACACGCACGCACGCACGCACGCACACACACACACACACACACACACGCACACACACACACAAACACGGAUACACAUUUGCACGUAGAUUGCUGUCAAGUCCACAUUACAUUGUAGUUUCAGAAGAGAUGUUAAGUAACUUCUCAAGACUGCAAGAACUGACUUCUGGAUGCAUGGGAAAUGCAACAUCUUGCUGCUGGUGAUGAAAUAAAAAUAACUCUAUAUUUUUAAUUAUAUAACUUUUUUAUUAACAAAAAUUAAUGUGAAAUACCAAAAUGCACAAUGAUAGUUUAAAACUGGGCCUCUUGUAAGUAAUAAACAAAGCAAGCAAGAAAAGAAAAUACAAAAAACAAAUAGACAAAUUUGUAUAAUUAUAAUACGUAGUUGUUUGAAAUGUGUAAAAAAGAAACGAAUGCAUGCCUUUGACAAAUAAACCAUAACAUGUAUUUAUUAUAAAUUAGGGCUGAACAAAUUCAUGAAAAAUACUUAAUUUUACAUUUUCUGACAGAAAUUGUUAUUUUGAUUCACAAUUAUCUUUAGGUACACAUGUUUCAGGAAAUAAAAUGAGUCAGAUCAGAGUUGAGAGGGAGAAAGCUCUGGCACCCUUGUUUCAGACUAGACGUUGGCCAGAGGAGUGUGGAGAAGAAGACGGCAGGAGUUGGAGUCUUACUUCCUGAUAUUUAGACAUCUCAUCUGAUUGGCUAACAGCAACACGACUCUGCCACUGACUGUUUGCUCUGCAACAUUGAUGUUUUAUGUCCACAAUAACAAAAAUGUGGAGGAGUUCUGCUGUGUGGUGGAGUUGCUAAUGGUAAUAGUUAGCUUCUACUAGUCGAGACGUUCACUGCUGUUUUCUGGACGCUAAACCAACAACAACCUUCCCCAUCAUGAGUCAAGAUGGGUGAGUCCAUGAAUGUUAGUGGCAUUGUGACGUAGAUCUGUCAGGUUUUUCUAAUCCUAGAGUUUCACCGUCUGUUUUCUAUCAGAAGCUAAUGCAGGAGAUAGGUGUAGGAGACUAUUUUCAUGUUCAGCCUGCAUGAAAAACUCAGAGUGACUGAUUAUAAUCUGAAUUAAUCAUUAAAAAUGUUUUUAGUGACGUACUACUUGAAAGGUUUUUAAAAUAAGUGCAUUAACUGAACUAUUCUAAAGAAUGCAAUCUCAAUUUCUCCUAACAGAGGCCAUUUUGGUAUGAAAGGUAAGGCCAGAAUUCCCUUAAAAAGUUCCUACUGUUGAUUGUCAAUAUCCUUAAAGAACAAACAGGCCGUUUGUAACCUGCUCUGUGUUACAAGCACUCAUCUCAGGUUUUCUUAACUUGCUGCUGAACUCCUGAAUCUGGACAAAUGAAAAAUUGAAUCAGAAUUUCAUAUAAAUAAAAGUUUAGCUUAGUUUCGAGUCCGUUUGGCCAGAAAUAUUCUUUUGAAGUUUGCAGGUGAUUUCUGCUCCUGUGUAUAAGCUUCACAGACACACUGGCUCUGUUGUUUAAUCUGACUUUCAAGUCAAGGCUGCACGCAUGUUGCCCUGGAAACCUUUCAGGGUCCUCCAUUCAGCAGCUCUGAGGCGAGGAAUGAAAGAGGCGAGUGGGCACAAGCGUCCCGCUUCUGUCUGCCACCGUGCCUCGGACUAUUGGGGAAGGUUGCACAGCAAGAAUCACUCACUGUCAUGGUGGGGUGUGCAUCGCUCAGUCACUGAAGAUUCUCCGGGAACCAAGACCGGGAGAGUUUGACAAGAUCAUCCUUCGUCUGCUGGAGACACCUAAUGCUCGAGCUGUCAUCAUGUUUGCAAAUGAAGACGACAUUCGACGAAUCUUGGACGCAGCAAAACGUCACAACCUCACGGGACACUUCCUGUGGGUGGGCUCCGACAGCUGGGGUUCCAAGAUUUCUCCAGUGGUCCAGCAAGAGCAGGUGGCUGAGGGAGCCGUGACCAUUCUGCCUAAGAGGACAUCUGUGGACGCGUUUGAUCGUUACUUCAAGAGCCGCUCUCUGUCCAACAACCGGCGAAACGUCUGGUUUGCUGAGUUCUGGGAGGAAAACUUUGGCUGUAAGCUGGGGAUGCAUGGCAAGAAACCUGGUCUCCCUAAAAAAUGUACAGGGUUGGAAAAAGUUGGCCGUGAAUCGAUCUAUGAGCAAGAAGGGAAGGUUCAGUUUGUGAUGGAUGCCGUUUAUGCCAUGGCUCAUGCUCUGCACCACAUGCAUCGCGAGCUUUGUGCUGGAUACCCCGGCCUGUGUCCACGCAUGGCCAACAUCGAUGGAAAGGAGUUACUGGCUCACAUCCGUGCUGUCAGCUUUAAUGGAAGUGCAGAGUCGCAGGUGACCUUUAAUGAGAACGGCGAUGCUCCUGGACGCUACGACAUCUUCCAGUAUCAGAUUAAUAAUCGGUCCCAGGCAGAGUACAAGGUCAUCGGACACUGGACCGACCAGCUACAUCUUAACAUGGAGGCCUUACAGUGGCUCACUGAUGACUUGUCCCUUCCAGCUUCUGUGUGCAGCCUGCCCUGCCGUACCGGAGAGAGGAAGAAGGUUGUAAAAGGUGUUCCGUGUUGCUGGCACUGCGAACGCUGUGAGGGGUACCACUUCCAGUCCAGCGAGUUCACUUGUGAGCUCUGUCCCUAUGAAAAGAGACCCAACCAGAAUCGCACCAGCUGCCAGCAAAUCCCUAUCAUCAAGCUAGAGUGGCAUUCACCCUGGGCACUGGCCCCUGUCUUCAUCUCAGUCCUGGGCAUAAUCACCACAACUUUCAUCAUCGUCACAUUUGUUCGAUACAACGACACACCCAUUGUGCGUGCCUCUGGUCGGGAGAUGAGUUACGUCCUGCUGACGGGCAUCUUUCUCUGUUACAUCAUCACCUUUCCUAUGAUUGCUGCUCCUGAUAUUGUUGUGUGCUCUUUCCGCCGUAUCUUCCUGGGCCUUGGCAUGUGCUUCAGCUAUGCUGCCCUGUUGACCAAGACCAACCGGAUCCAUCGUAUCUUUGAGCAGGGGAAGAAAGCAGUGACAGCCCCUCGCUUCAUCUCACCAGCCUCACAGUUGGUCAUCACCUUCUCUCUCAUCUCAGUUCAGCUGCUGGGCAUCAUUGUGUGGUUUGCUGCUGACCCACCACACACAUUCGUGGAUUAUGGAGAACAGCGCACACAGGAUCCUAGGAAUGCUCGUGGUGUACUCAAGUGUGACAUCUCAGACCUUUCACUCAUCUGUUCUUUGGGAUACAGUAUCCUCUUGAUGGUCACUUGCACUGUUUAUGCCAUCAAGACACGCAGCGUGCCAGAGACAUUCAAUGAGGCCAAGCCCAUUGGAUUUACCAUGUACACUACCUGCAUCAUCUGGCUAGCCUUCAUCCCCAUCUUCUUUGGAACAGCACAGUCAGCUGAGCGGAUGUACAUCCAGACAGCCACACUGACCGUCUCCCUUAGCCUCAGUGCAUCUGUAUCCCUGGGCAUGCUCUACGUGCCCAAGGUCUACAUAAUCAUCUUCCAUCCUGAGCAGAACGUUCCCAAACGAAAGCGCAGCUUCAAAGCCAUCGUCACCGCUGCCACCAUGACCACCAAGCUGUCCCAUCUGGCAGCUGAGCGGCCCAACGGUGAAGUGAAGACAGAGCUGUGUGAGGGAGUUGAAGCUAGUGUGCCACCAACAAAAACAACCUACGUCAGCUACACCAACCAUGCUAUGUGAGAAAACAACACCUUCAAACAUGACAAUGUCCUUGGACAUUUAACGAGCACACUCCUGUCAGUCCCAGAGGAGACGACAAUACAGGCUGAUGGAGGAAAAGGAUUCCCUGAGCAGUCAGAAGUAUUGCGGCUGACAGACUGAACCCUUGUCUGUGGUGUUUUUGGUGUUUACAUGAAGCAGGAAGUGGACCUGGAUGGUGGAGAAACCUGCACAUAAUCAUCUACAAAACCAGAAUGUUGGACAUGAAUGGGAACGUGACAAAUGGACAAAAAAAUAAAACAAAACUAUUUUAAACUUUACAAACUUUAAUAUUGUGAGGACCAAUCAUAUAUGUUGUUAUUCUAAUUGUGUGUUUUUGAAAAAAAAAAUAAAGAAACGUAUUGGCUAUGAAAGUUUCUGAUACUAGUUUCUGUCUCACUUUUCUCCUGAACUGCAUUAUGAGAUGAAUCUGUGGUUGUUUUAGCUAAACUGAUAUACUUAUUGAGUUGUGAAACAUCUAAAUGCCAUGGCUGAAUUGAAGCAUGCCUUUUUUAUACAAAUGAUCUAUUUAUAAUAAAGGAAUGUUUCACAAGUCUGCGUUGGGUCCUUUUGAAGACAGUGGAUGUUUGAACAGAAUAAAUGAUCAAAAUUG